CUGCUUGUGGGGGAGAAGGAAGGAGGAUGCCCACGCGCAGUAUGAUCUGGCUUACUCCGGCCCUGAUUCUCAGCUUCCUUGCAGUGGUCCGAGGCCGGAACCAGGAAGAGAAGCUUCUCCAAGACUUGAUGGCCAACUACAACCGCAACUUGCGCCCAGCCAAGGAGGAGGGGGAGAUCAUCGACGUGACGCUCAAGCUGACCCUCACAAACCUCAUUUCGCUGAACGAGAGAGAGGAGGCCCUCACCACCAAUGUCUGGGUAGAGAUGCAAUGGCGUGAUUACCGCCUGCAGUGGGACCCAGAUGCCUAUGACAAUAUUGAGCGCCUCCGGAUCCCUUCCACUUCCGUGUGGCUGCCGGACAUCAUCCUAGAAAACAAUAUCGACGGGGUCUUUGACAUCACGCUCUACACCAAUGUCUUGGUGUCUCCGGACGGAUCCAUCUACUGGCUGCCCCCAGCCAUCUACCGCAGCGCCUGCUCCAUCAUCGUCACGUAUUUCCCCUUCGACUGGCAGAAUUGCUCCAUGGUGUUCCAGUCUCAGACCUACAAUGCCCACGAAAUUAAUCUGCUGUUGGCGGUGGAAGAAGACCAGAUGAUUGAAUGGAUCUUCAUUGACCCAGAAGAUUUCACAGAGAAUGGGGAAUGGGCCAUUAAGCACCGCCCGGCCAAGAAGAUAGUGAACGCCAAGCGCUUCACGCCGGACGACAUUAGCUACCAGCAGAUCAUCUUUUUCCUAAUCAUCCAGAGGAAGCCGCUCUUCUACAUCAUCAACAUCAUCAUCCCCUGUGUCCUCAUUUCCUCUGUCGCUGUGCUGGUUUACUUCCUGCCGGCCAAAGCUGGCGGCCAGAAGUGCACCGUAUCCAUUAAUGUCCUUCUUGCCCAGACUGUCUUCCUCUUCCUGAUUGCAAAGAAAGUCCCCGAGACGUCCCAGGGGGUGCCGCUCAUCGGAAAGUACUUAACCUUCCUUCUAGUGGUCACCAUCGCCAUAGUCGUGAACGCCGUUAUUGUACUCAACGUGUCUCUGAGGACUCCCAACACCCACUCCAUGUCAGAGCGCGUCCGGCAGGUUUUCCUGCGCAUGUUGCCCCAUUACUUGGGCAUGCACACACGGCGCCCCAACCAGCCUCCUGAGGCUUGGCUCGUCCGGCGACGGAGCUCAUUGGGCCUCAUGGCGAAAGCGGACGAGUACAUGCUAUGGAAGGCGCGGAGCGAGCUCCUCUUCGAAAGGCAGAAGGAGCGCCUCGGGCUGAUGAGGUCCUUCUUGGCAAAGAUCCGAGGGGGCUUGGAGAACGGCUGCCCUCAAGAGCUUUGCACCAGCCUGCGCCGCGCCGCGCCGGAGAUCCAGGCCUGCGCCGACGCCUGCAACCAUAUUGCCAAGACCUUGCAAGAGAAAAACGACUUUGACAGUGAGAACGAGGAGUGGAUCCUGGUGGGGCGGGUCAUCGACCGCGUCUGCUUCCUCGUCAUGGCCUCCAUCUUCAUUUUUGGGACCUUCGGCGUCUUCCUGAUGGCCCGUUUCAACCAGGCGCCUGAUGUGCCUUUCCCGGGGGACCCCAAACCCUACCUCCCCUUGGAAUGAA